UCAAUGUCAUCAUCAGUCAGCUCAGCCUUCGUAUUUCAGCGGACUGAACCUCUCCUCCGACAAAUUCAUUCACCUUUCAUGCGGUCUCUUCCUUUUCCAGUCUUCCGAGUUACUAUGAUCGCCUUCCAAUCGCUCUAUUACCUUUCCUAUCAUCUUCGCAGCAGGCAGCAAUCACUGACUCAUUCAAUUAAUUUCAUCGUCCGCCUUGCCAUCAUGACACAGCCGCACAGUUUCUUUCCGUUCGGUUCCUUGACACCCUACCUUUCGCCUGUCUCCGGAUUCGAUUCACGUUGA